UCGCUGAUUUGAAAAUAUUGAUAUAACGUUUACUUCACAAUGAAAACGUUAUAGUCGUGUUCUAAUUACAGGAUGUUCUUAACGUCAUAUGUCUUAAAUUACAUCGCUUUGGGAUGAAAAUUAAUCAUUAAAUUAUUUAUUUAUUUGAACCAUGUACAACCUUAUUAUUUCAUUGAUGAGGUUUUUCAUGUACCUCAGACUUUGCGAUAUUGCGCUGGCAAUUUUACACAGUGGGACCCUAAAAUUACCACUUUACCUGGGUUAUACCUAAUUACAACUCUGAUAUUAUCACCCUUAAAACUCUGUAAUAUCUUUUAUAUGAGAUGCAUAAAUUUGUUUGGAACAUUUCUGAAUCUCUAUCUUGCUCACAGUAUAAUUAAACAAAUUUCAAUAACUCAUUGGACGCAAAGAUGGAAUGAUUGGAUGAAAUUUACUGUGGCUUGUAACAUUAUGUUUUUUCCACCGUUAUUUUUUUGGCAUUUUUUAUAUUAUACAGAUGUCGCAUCAGUUAAUGCAAUAUUACUAAUGUUAUUGUUACAUUUAUAUAAAAAAUUUAAAAUGGCAGCUUUAGUAGGUUUUUUGUCUGUGUUAAUUCGACAGACAAAUAUUAUUUGGAUUGCAUUUAUUACUAUGGAACAUUUAUUUGACUUAUUAGAUCAUAAAAUGCACAAACCAAUUUCACAUGAACAGUAUACUUCAAUAAUGUAUUUAAGAUUGUUAUGGGAAAAAAUAAUGCAAGAAACAUGUCACGGAUGGAAGUUAUUUAUGAAGUUCAUCAUUCAGUUGGGUGUACAAUUGUUCCCAUAUAUUUUAAUAUGUUUUAUGUUUAUUGCUUUUGUUGUAUGGAACAAAGCAAUUGUAGUUGGAGAUAAAACAGCUCAUGUUCCCACUGUUCAUAUUCCUCAAUUGUUAUAUUUUUCUACUUUCCUAUUUUGCUUUUUAUGGCCACAUAUGAUUAUUUACUGGAAAGAUUAUUUAAAGUUUAUUAGUAAACACUGGGUGUUUGCAAGUUGUAUCUUGAUCCUUUUAACUAUAAUUGUUCAUUUUAAUACUCUUGUACACCCAUAUAUGUUAGCUGAUAAUAGACAUUAUGUAUUUUAUUUUUGGAAUAGGUUAAUGGGAAGAUAUAAACAAUUUAAAUAUCUUUUGGUACCAAUAUACUCAUUCACUUUAUAUACAAUGUUUCACGGACUUAAACAUUUAAGAUUUAUGACACAAAUUAAUUACAUCAUUAUGGUUUCUGUAGUACUUAUUCCUCAGUUACUAAUAGAACCACGUUACUUUAUUAUUCCAUAUAUACUUUAUCGGUUCCUUGUUAAGGAACCAAAGAAGUGGCAAAUUAUUGCAGAAUCAAUAACUGUAAUUAUAGUAAACUUUUUACAAUUCUAUAUCUUUGUCAAUAAAGUUUUCUAUUGGAAUGAUCAGCUUUAUCCUCAAAGAAUUUCUUGGUAAAUUAAAGGAUGAAAUUUUAUGACUACAAACUUGUUAUUUGUUUAAUAAAUUCUAAAAUUUCCAAAA